AUGUCUAACUUAGAUCUAUUGAGCGCGGGGUUUUCAGCUAUACUUGGUACAGAAGUCGUACCGCAGAAGACUGGAGGGAAGUAUUCCAUACACGAUCUUUUCAGCCAGACGUACAUCAUGAAGCCAGUAGAGACCGUGGAGAAAGUUGAAGCUGGAAAGAAAUUCAAUGUUUAUGUACGGGGUUUAUCAGGCAAUACUAUAACUAUUCAAGUGACAGGAGACGAUACUAUUGAGCAAGUAAAAGCUAAAAUUGAGGAAACGGAAGGUAUAUCCACCGAUGAGAUCAAACUAAUAUACACUGCUAAACAGCUUGAAAAUCAUCGAACUAUUAACGACUAUGGAAUCCAACCUGAUGAAACCAUUUUCAUGGUGAUUUGUACGACCGGCGGAGGAUCCCAGUGCGCGUUUAAUACAGACGAACUUCAUCCUGCUUUUGAUUAUGACUUCAGUAAUGUCAGAGAUGAUGGUACGAGAUACAUGAGAGGGGGCUUCCAGUAUAAGCGACCUUAUGGUUGGAAGAGAAUUGCGAUCAAAGUUGUGGGCAAAUAUGGAGAUAAUACCUGGCUCGGCCCCGACGGGAUACGAACAGAAGAAGCCCCGGGGGAAUGGCCCGUGUCCUAUCACGGAACAAAUAUGAAGAGUGCAAAGCUUAUUUUAAAAGAAGGUUAUAAACCUGGGUCGAGAGAGUUAUUUGGAAGGGGCAUUUACACCAGCCCCAACCUGGAAAUGAUUGAGAAGCUGUACGCACAGGAGUUCACUUAUCAGGGAAAAACCUAUAAGAUUGUAUUACAGAAUCGAGUUAAUCCUGAUCAGAAGAAUGGCCAUCUUCAAAUCAUCCCAGCUGCACAAACCACAGUAGGAGCGGACUACUGGUUGUCCCGUGGAGGUAGUACAGCCGACGUUCGUCCAUACGGCAUCCUGAUACGGGAAGUAUCCAAUCAACAUUAG